UGCGGCGUUUCUCAGGUUUGAGCGCCCGCCCGCACGCACCGGGCGCUGCCAUGUUCCGCCUGCUGCUGCGCGCGGGCCCGCCGCCCCGCGGGCCCCCCCUCGCCGCCGCCGCCCGCCGCCGCCGCUGCUGCUGCCGCCCCCCCCCGGGCCGGGCUCCCCUCAGCCCGCCGGCCCCUCUCCUAGCGCUGCGGGCCGCCGCCGGCAGCUCGGCCAAGGAUGUGAGUGGAUCCCCUGAAAAGGCAGCCACAGAUCUCAGCAGUGAAAACAAGAAACUCAAUAAAUCCCAGCAGCUGAAAAAAGUUUUCAAAGAAUAUGGUGCUGUAGGGGUUUCAUUCCAUGUUGGAAUUUCAUUAGUAUCUCUAGGAAUCUUCUACCUGGCUGUGUCAAGUGGUGUGGAUAUGACUGCAGUUCUCUUCAAACUUGGUUUCAGUGAAUCAUCGCUGCAAUCUAAAAUGGCUGCUGGUACAAGCACAUUUGUGUUGGCAUAUGCUAUUCACAAAUUGUUUGCUCCAGUACGAAUCAGCAUUACUAUAGUUUCUGUGCCAUUUAUUGUCCGAUACUGCCGGAAGAUUGGUUUCUUCAAACCUCCUACCCCAAAUCCAUGAUAACUUCUUAUUGUUUCUUACUCUUUUUUUAAUGUUCAAUAUUCAUGUAGCUUUUCAGAUGGAUACAUUUCUUUAAAAUACUUAUUUGGAUUCAUGUUAAUGCUGACCUUCUCGUGCAUUUCUCACUUGUUCUUUCAGGUAAAUGUAAUGCAGUGAAAAGUGCUCUCCUUAUCUUUUUUCCAUUUGCCACCUCUUUUUUUUUUUUUUUUUUCCUCCAGAAAUAGCUGUUAAAAUAUCUGUCUUCCACUGCAAGUGGUAAUAUAAAUGCUUGACAAUGAGCAGUCUUUCGAACACGCAGUUCUGGGUCUUUAUAAUCUAGUUUUUUGGACUAUAACUUUUUUCAUAUCAAAAUACAGCUGCAGCAGUAGUUUAUUACUGUGUACUUAUUACUGGGAAAUAAAAUAAGGUUCUUUUCCUAAUAGUCUGUGGAAUAAACAAUAUCCUACUAUAUGAAUAGGUCUUUUGGUAAGCAAAUAUAUAUUGGGAUCUAAGGCAGUAUGUGGGAGUUUAUUUUGUUAUAAAAGGUAUGUUAUGAUCCCAGUCUUCCAAUCCAACACCCAUGCCAAGCUAACUUUAGUGAGUACCCAUAUGCUUAAUUAUUGCACAGUGAUAAUUGCUUUAGCUAGAAUUGGUAAUGUACUUCAUGUACUUCUCUGAAACUACAGUUCCUUUGUGUUGCUUCCAUGUUUCAAGAUUUUGUUGUUUGAAAAUGUGCUUUUCUGGCCUUCCUAAGGUUGGUGGGGUUUGUUUUUGUUGGUUUUUGUUUUUUUAAUGCUAUAAACUAAGAAAUCCUGAGUUUAGCAAAAUCAGUGUAACCAG